AUGGACAACAACACACUUGUCGUGCCCUCUGUGAUAUGGGUUCCCAGAAAACCAGAUGAGGUCCGAAUCGAAGGCAUCGGUUCCAGCACCGCGGUUUAUACCAGAGGCAAUGUGACUGUUAAGAUGCAACCUACAAUUGACAGCAACACUGAGUUCAGACUGGAGGCGUAUGUUGUGCCGAUGAUAACCUCAACUACACCAAGCGCAACGAUCGAUCCGGCAGCCUGGACUCAUUUGAAGGAUUUGCCGCUGGCGGACCCAACGUUUGGUAGCCCGGGUCGGGUGGAUUUGCUUCUCGGUGCUGAGGUGCUUAAGGAUCUCUUUCUGGAAGGCUUAAUUCGGGGAUCUGCAGAACAGCCUUGCGCCUUGAAUACACGGCUUGGUUGGGUAGUGUUUGGGCCAGCUCAUGGUAGUUCAACACAAUCCGUACAGCUCACAUCGCAUGCUGUCAAACGCGUCAACGAACAACGACUCGACAAACUACUUCGAAGCUUCUGGGAACUCGAAGAGCCAGCUGUGGUAUCAGAAACUCGGGAAGAUGAUUGUGAAAGGGUAUUCACCAACACCUUUACACGCGCAACGGAUGGCCGGUAUCAGGUGCAGAUCAUAUUUAAACCAGAUGCACCCUCCAUUGGUGAUUCCUACCAAUCUGCAUUACGUCAGUUUCUACAACUGGAACGGAGAUUAGCGAACGACGCUGAACUACGCGAGCAAUAUACGGCUUUCAUGAGGGAGUACAUAGCUCUUGGCCAUAUGGAGCCAUCACUGCAGACGUGA